AUGGUGAAGGCCCACUGGCGACCCGGCACUUCAGCUCCAAACCCAACUCGGUUUGGCAUUCCUGACUAUGUGGGAAGAUCAUGCCAGUUUCGCAACUUGUAUUUUCGACCGUUCGACUGCACCUUUCACUACUACGCUUCGCCAUUGCAAUCGCGCCUCGUGGGAGAGAACACCACUGCGCUUCUAAAACAAAUCACGACCAGUAAGGGCUAUGUGCCGCGCAGUCUAUACAACAAGCCAAAACGACGGCACGAAUUUGUUUUUGCAGAGAGUAGGAACGCAUCGUUUACCCCAAAGCUACAUCUAUUCGACUCAAAUUCAUCAGAAAUAGAUCACAGCAAUGUUGUAAGUGUGGCGGCUUUGCGAAAUCAAAAGAUGCCCGUCUUUCUUUUGUACAAACUGAGCUAUGUAUUUAAUUUUGGCCAUUUCGUGUUUGAUGAUCUAUUGUCAUUGUUCUCAUUGCUGGAUAUAUUUGGGUACGCAUCCGAUGAGGUCGGAAACCCGUCGCUGUCUACCAAUUAUCAGCACAUACCUGUCACCUUUCCAAACGAAGAGCACGACUUCUUCUACCGCUGUAAUCACCAUUCUCGGUGGAAAGAAUGUGUCGAGAUGUACAAACGAGUUGCUCCUUUAAUGGGUGUUCAACCCGUUCAGGAACAGAAUGAUGACAUCCUUAGUAUGAAGCAUUUGUUUCGGCAAAGCCAUCACGAGAACCCUCGAAUUUUUGUCCAGCUUCCCGUAGUGCUUGUCGGCACCGGUGACCUGGCAUACUUCGGUUGCACUGGUCCGUGCGGUGCCCAACGGGUAUCGCGUAUAUAUUGCAUGAGAGCCUGGGUUUUUUCAAAUUUAUUUGGCCCUGAACUUGGAAAUCAAUAUAGUCGGCAGUCUGCAAUACCUGGACGGAUUCUGGUUGCUUUACCCUUCGGUAAUUCUCACGUCGGGAUUGAGUCUUUCGACACUAUGAUUCCCGCAAUUCAACAUGCCUUCGGACGCUCGUCGGUACACGUUGUAAACAUGGCUAGCCUUUCCUUGAAAGAUCAAAUAUUGGAAGCUUCGCAAGCUCACGUGUACCUGUCAAACAAUGGCGGGGGAUCCGCAUCCUCUUUGUUUUGCGCUCGCGACUCGACAGUGAUACUGUUUUAUCAAAUAAACGGGCAAAAACGAGACGAAGAACUAUACAGCAAUCAAGGCUACUUGAAUGUGAAAUACCUAAAGGCGGGAACAUCCAGCAAUUAUGUUAUUGAACAAAUUUUAUACGCUUUAAGUCAGUAG